UUUCUUCUUAUAUAAAUCUUUCCAUUCCCCCAAACUCUCUCUCUUCUCUCUCUCUAUUUCUCUCCGGUGAUAAUUCUUCCUCUUCUACGGCGGAGCCACCGCUAAAACCACCGUCCGUACACCAGAAUCCACCGUUUCUCGCCGGAAUCCGGCGAUCUUUGUCUAGAUCUUUCGUCGACUUACCGUCAAACUCACUACCCUCUUUCUUUUCCUCUUCUCCAAUUAAGAUUGGACGGCUAGGAUGAAUUAUCACUCACGGCGAAUCUUAACUCUUGACGAGUCAUCACGGAAGCGAAAAGACCGAGACACGUUUUAUUCGUCUCCAAGACCGUCAAAUCCACUAACGUCCGUUAGUAAUGCUAACCUUACGACGUCGUUCCCUAAACCCGACCCGAAGAAAAAGGGUCAUCAUCAUCAAAUGCCUAAUUCAGUUUUAGCCGGGUAUAUGGCUUAUGAGUAUUUAACUAAAGGUACUUUAUUGGGUCAGAAAUUUGACCCGGCUCGACCUAGAGCUAAUGCUGCUGCUACUCCUGUAGCUGACCCGAAGAAGAGAAAGUCGAGCCCGGAUGAGCCGAAGCCGAGCCAGAAUUAUGUUGAGAUAUCUAGCUUGUUGAGGAGUGAUGGGACCCACAUUCCUGGUAUUGUCAAUCCGACGCAGCUGGGACAGUGGAUUCAGAUGUGACAUUUUAAAAAUUAGAAAAAAAAAAGGCGGAGGCAUGAGACGAGACGUAUCGGAACGGAAAAAAUGAUACGGUUUUUAUUAUUGUUAUAUUGUUUGUUUUUGGUUAUUAUUUGAAUUUUGUGUUGUUGUUAUUAGAUGACUCAUGAAUGUUAUGUGCUGGCUAUAGACAGCCAGCUUUCAUAUAUAUUACUACUAUCUUGUUUAUUUCUUUAA